AUGAGUUCGGCUCCAUCCACAAAUAAUGUGAUUAUCACUAAAGUGGAGAUUGCUAGAUUUACGAUUUAUUUAGUGUCCUUAAUGGUUUCAGUGCUUAUGCAGAUGCGAAUGGAAGAUUAAGGUAUAAUGAAUACAUCAGUUUAAAAUUCGAUGUUUUCAGGAAUUUAAAAUGUGUUUAAGUUUAAUAAUCAGACUCGAUUCUCAAUGUUGAAUUGGGUGGACAAAUAGUUGUAUCAUGGUUAUUCAUUGAAUAACAAUUCUACGGAGAUGUAUAGCAGGUUGAUUCCGGUGAGUUUCCUUGAAAUUCAAACUAAAUAUGCCAAGAUUGAUAGUUUGGUGAAUGUUUGGGAUAAGGAUUUGACUGAAGACAAAGCAAACUAAGGAUUUCAAUAGCAAUAUAUUUAUCCGUUCAUCCAGCGAUUUCCGCCGUACCCUGUAUUCAAGAAUAUCAGCUUCAUCGAUGAUGUUAGUGGGAUAACUCUGGAUUCAUUGAAACUAAUUGAUACUGGGUUUUUGACAUCGAAUACUCACUCAUUGAAGGCUCAAGCAUCAUAUUACAGUCCCAAUUUGUAGAUGAUUUGUGUAGUCAGAAUCAAUAUGGAAUUCAGUGCUGCUGGCUAAUCGUAUCAAUUCAUUCAAUAUGACUCAUUUAGAUUGAGUUUUUAUUUAAACAAAACUGAUUAUAUCAGAAUGGCUUUUGAGAUUUUGUUCUCAAUCAUUUAUAUCAACUAUUUAUAUAUGGAGGGUUACAAGAUAUAUUUCAAGGUUUAGUUGGCAUCAAAAGAAGAUGAUUUAAAAGUAUAAGCAUAAAAAAAGAAAGAAUAACGUUUGAAGUCAAAGAAGGAAGCUAAAAAAAGAGGGGGUGUUGUUUAGGGAGAAGAAGGAGAAGUUAAGCAUCUUUCUGUUCUAGGGGAUAAAGUAGAAUCCAAAAGUCGAGAGAAAAUGGAGAAGGCUCAAAGAAAAACAAAGAUUAUCAUCAACGUUGUUAUUCAACAUAUUUCUGAUAUCUGGAGUGCUAUAGAUGUGUUGAUCUUAGUUAUUCUUGGAAUUGCUGCUUCAGAGUACAUCAAGGCCAUUUCAUCUUAGCCAUAUUCUGACUCUUUGAAUAAUCUAUUGGAGAACACCUCUACUUAUUAAUCUGUUUUUGAACCUGUUUAUAAAGAUAUGCUGACUGGGAUCUAAGUUUCUUAUACUUUGAAUGAUGAAUUUGCAGAACAGGCUGAUAUUUUAAGAUUCUACAGAAGGUUUUGCGCAGUCGCACUCUUAAUAAUGUGGAUCAAGUUGUUGAAGUAUUUCAUUAACAUCUUUUAACGAUUAAUAAGUUACUUGGAGAUCAUCUUGAAUGUUAUUGAGUACAUGAUAUUUUAUUUAGUAUUGUUGGGAGCAAUUUUGAUAUCAUUUUCAUUGUUCUUUUACUUUCAAUACGGAAGUUAAAUUUUCAUUACCUCGACAAUUGGAAGAUCAUUGUCUUACAUCUUAGGAUUUAUGAUAGCUCAAAAUGAUCAAUUUAAUGAAUUGUUCAAGUAUGAUGAAGUCAUCACAUUCAUAAUGACCAUCCUUUACUAUGUUAUUGUCAUUAUCAUAUUGUGUAAUAUGUUUUUCGUCUUUGUUAAAUAAGAAUAUAAUGAAUAUUAGAUGAAGCUUGAGAAACAAUCCUAAAAAAAUAACAAUUCCAAAAAACAUGAUGAGAUGGUUAAAUAUAUACAUCCCUACUGGUAUUUCUAUAACAUUGCUGAAUAUUUUGUCAUGAGAUUUUGGUUCACCUUAAAAUUAUAACCCUCGAAAUUUGAUGAUUAUAAUGAAAACAAAGAAUUGCAAUAUGUAAUUAACGAGAGAGAAUUCAAAGAAAAUCCACAAACCAUCGACUUUAACGUCGAUUUUGCUAACUUAAUCAACCAAUCAGUUGAUGAUGAUGAUAAGAAUCAGAAAUUCUUGAUAGAGGAAGAAAAGGAAAGAAUUCUAAGUAAAUAGAAGAUGGAACUUAUUAAACUGAUUUGGAAAACAGUGCUAUUAUUAUUGAUAUUGUCCUUGAAUUUCAUUUUACUCUAAGAAUUUUAUAGUCCUGCUGAUGCUUAUUUGCAAAGUGAUUCCAUCUCAAGGAAAAUUAGAUAUGAUAGGUCCAAUGCAUAAAAACAAUUCAAAGAUUUAAAUACUAUUCAAGAUAUGACGGAUUGGCUAAUUUAUGGAUUCCCAGAUCUUUUUGAAGACAAUAUAUUUGGAUAGAAUGAGUUGGCAAUCCUAAAAAAUCAAAACCCAACAAUAAAUUUUAACUCCUCUUCAUCUGAUACUAUCCUGUAAUAUCAACUUCAAGAAUAUGCUUUUGAUAGUCUAAUUAGAACUAGUUCAUUGAAUACUUUCAAUAUAGUUGUCAAUGAUGUAAUUAGAGUAACUAUCAGAAGAUCUUUGAUGGUAAAUAAUACAUUGGAAGAAUUCUCUACCUUUGCUGCUCAAACUAUGCUCCUAUUUUUAAAUUCUCCAACUGACAACAUAGAUUCAGAAAAUGAGAAUUAUGAGAGUUUUUACGAUGCCGACACCAAUUUCACUAUUGAUUACGAUGAAUCCAAUGGAUUUGAAGGGGAAGGAGGUUUAGUUAUGUUGCUGGAACCAAAAUAAUUGAGUCCUGUAAUAGAUUCGUUGUAGAAAGUCAAAUUAAUUGAUAGCAUCAGUUCCAUAGCUAUUUAAUUUGUAACAUUCAAUCCUAUUAAUGCAAGAGGAUUAGCACACAUUAAAUUGUCAUUUACAAUAAAUCAAUGUGGUGCUCUUUCCUUCAAAUUAAUCGAUGUGCAAGGUAUUAAAAAGAACUCCUUAUAAUCGGUAAGUGAAAUCAGUAUUUUGAUCUUGUCAGUCUCACUUAUUAUUGCUCUUUGCUAUUAUUUAUAUGUGACCAUAAAGACUAUGUUACACAAGAAUUUUUCUUAUGACAGAUGGUAUAGCACCUACAUAUUACUAUCAUUAAAUAGAUCAUAAUUAUACAUGAGAGAAAGACAUAUGCCUGAGUUUAUAAGAAAAUCGCUUUUUUUAAUGGAUAUCUCAUAGUUGCUCAAUUUAUUGUUUUUGACUCUUCUAGGAGCUCAGAUUACAUUGAUAUUGUAUUACUUCUUUUAGGUGAAUACUUUGAUUUAAGGAUCUCAGAUAUUCAGUACUUCAAUCAAUGAUUUAUUGCCUUCAACAUUGUUUUCUGUGAAUUAGAAUGUGGAUAAGUAUGUUUUCUUUAGUUAGGUCUAGAAAAUUGGAGAUAAUAGUAAGUUAAUUGGGGCAUUUGGCUCAUGUGCAAUUUUGGUGUUGUGUUUAGAAAUUUUAUAUUUACUUUCACACAAUAAAGAUUUUUAAACCUUGACAAACUCAAUAAAGUACACCUUAUCUCAUCUACCAUUCAUUUUAAUUAUCCUAUUGGGUAUAAUCGUGGCUUUUUCAUCGAUGGCUCACUUAGUUUUGGGCACUGAUCUCAUUUAAUAUUCUACAUUCUUUGGAACUAUUGUUAAAAUGCUUGAUUUCAUUUCGAAAAUAGAUGAUAUAUCAUUCUUUCGUCUCGAUGAUAGAACCUUAGAAUUCUAUCUCAUGAUAAUACCUUACACCAUCACCGUUAGAUUUAUCAUCAUGAAUAUGUUCUUUGCUAUCACAUUAAGAGGUUAUUUGCUAAGCAAAGAAAAAUAUGCUGAAGAAUAACAAAAUCAGAAAUCGCAUCCUUUGUCAUUAACUUCUCAAGAGUUCGUUAUGCUAUCUAUUCAAAUGUUUACAUUUAAGGAAAAACUUAUUAAGGUUGGAUCUGAUUAAUAUUUAAUGCAAAUUAUUAAGUAAUUCCAGCCAAUCAAGGUUUAUACUUCAAUCAAGGACAACAUAAGAAAUCAGACAAACUUAACAGCCAUGAAGGCUUGGGCUGAAGAAUGUGCAAAAGAGAUUAAGGAUGAGAAGGAAAUAAGGAAACCACUUGAUGUUGCCUGUCAUGAAUUGUUGUAGGCUUACAUCGAUCAAAAUAACAAGGGGGAAUUUGAUAUCCUACAAAGAUUGAAUACCGAUCCAAAGAGAAAAUUAAUUGAAUUCUCUUUGAAAUUGACAUACAUAAAUUAUUUUAGAUUUGCUAUUGAUUAAUUAGAUAAAUUUACAGUCUUUUUUACAAAGAAAAGAGAACAAAUCAGAUCUAUCUUGUUUUCUGACAGCAAAGGAGAAGAUUACAAAAAGAUGGUCUACAUUUGUUCUUUGGAAGCUCAACUGGAGGAGAAUAUUUAAAGCAUGACCUUUAUAAAAUAAGAACUCUUAGCCUUGGGAUUUGAUAUUGGUGAGGCAGGUGAAAUUGACAGCAAAGAGAAUGUCAUCAAAGUCAAACAAUAAAAAUAACAAACUUUAAAAGCCUCAUUUUAAAAUCCCAUGUCUGAUAGGAUAUUCUAGUUGACCAAAUUAAAACCAGAUAACACAAAAGAUCUGAAAAACUCCCCUGAACCAUCAGAUAAUGAACCUGAUCAAGAUAACUAAUUUGCUGAAUCACGUAUAUAACAAACAAUUAAGCCUUCCACGUUUAAAUAAGCACAAACUAUUGAAGUAAAAUAGGAUGAUCCAAGAAUAAAAGAGAACAAGGAUCAAUAAUAAGGUGAAACUACAGAAAAGUCAACAGAUGAAAAACCCAAAUCUGAUCAGCCAGUAUAGCCAGAAUAGAAAGUUGGAAAGGGGAUCGUUAAAAACAUGUUUUAAGUGGGAGAUAAGAAAUCAAAAAAAUGA